UUAUUAUGAACGAGAUGGAAUAUGAUCCGUUGGAAGAAGAGUUGGAUGAUCAUCUGUUGAAAGAUGAGAAUGUGAAUGAUAAUGACAUAAUUGAUAGCUUUGAAUUUUCUCAUGGUUGGGCUGCAUGGUGUGAGCAACUAGCAACUAUGACUGGUGGUGUAUUAAGGUUGCUUGAUGUUAGUCGGUAAAGAUUGUUGUAUGUUGUUACUGAAUUCCUUUCGCCUACUGUUUUUGUUUUGUUAAGUUUUAUUCCAUGUAAGUAA